AUGAAAAGCAAUUUGUGCCUUACUUAUGCAAGCAUCAUCAUUUCUGUAAAACUAGAAUACACUAAUAUCUUUGAUGAAAACUUCAUGGGGGAUACUGCUUCCAACAGCGCUACGUUGGGACAGAGCAUCUGGAGGUUCACAACCUCUGUGGUCCAUAGGAGCCACUAUGAGGAGGGUCCAGGGAAGAAUUUACCAUUUUCAGUGGAAAACAAGGGGCGAUUACUAGCUACAAUGACUUUGUACUUCUGAUCUGCUGUUUCUCCUUUCUUUAUAGUAAGACACCAACUGCUCAAAAAAUAA